AUGAUAGGGCCAAACAUAUUCCAAACAACAACAACAACCCAUCAUAACAACAACAACCCUGAGGAUGAUGAUAUAGCCAGUGUUACUAGUAAUAACAAUCAUAUCAUUAACAACAAUACUCUCUCGUCCAACUCGAUCCCUCAUAACAACACCAACAUGGAUGAAAACAAAUCGUGUUUCACUCCGUCCCUUCUUCCCUCUUCACCUUCCAAAGUGCCAACAUCAACAACGACAUUUAUGGACCCAUCAACAACAACCACUACUACUACGACUUCUACCUCUUCAACAACAAUAACCAACAAUAUCAAAGACCUUGUACAAGUGGAAGAGAAGGACCAAGAAAAUAUCCUUCGUCUGGCUGCCCAUCCCGAACCACUUCCCGCCACCAACAACAACAAUAACAACGAUCAUCAUGAUGAACACACACAAAAAGGGAGUCGUACACAUGUAGCUGCAAAAACAACAGAAGAGGAGGUUGCAUAUUCUCCCACACGUGAUUUAUUGUCUAACAGUAGUAGCAUCACGGCUCCUACGAGCAAUACGAUACCACCACCUUUGAACACAACAAAACCUACACCACUCUCUCCCAGUAAACCCUUAUCUAGCCUCAUCAAUAAUUCUCAUCAUCACCAUCAUGGCACAACGGAGAUGAUCACCCCUUCAUCAGGUGGUGGCGUUGGCUCUGGAAAAAACGGAAAAGUUGGACUCUCGAUCCCUCCUUUGAAUUUAUCGAGCAAUAGACAUCAUCAUCAACAUACCCAAAGUGAUUUUGGUAGCUCUCGUUCUUCAUCCACUAAUUCUCAAACACCUCAUCAUCAUAGUGUAACAUUUUCCGGAUUGCAUACAUCAUCAUCAACAGGAAGGCUAUCCGAAUCGGGAAGACAAUCUGAUGCUUCUAUAUCUUCGCCUGGAGAUUCUUCCUCUUCAUCAUCGACCACCUCUACCACAUUCUCCCCAUUCUCUCAACAACAACAGCAGCAACAGACCCAAACCCAUCGAUCAAAUCAAAUUUCUCAGCAACCAUCACAGAACAACAAUCAGUCCAAAUCAAACCCUCCCACACCCCAAAAUGGCACUUACAGCUCCUCCUCUUCAGAACCAUCAUCAGUUUUUACGCCGUCCAAUUCGGAAGGAAGAGAAUUCUCAUCCUCUUCGACAGAGUCUUCCAAUGUUACUCCGUUACUGCUGAAACGAUAUGGCAGUGGCUCGAGUCCAAGCUUUGGAAAUACUGGCCACAUCAUUCAUGGACAUUACCACAGUCGUCAACAGCAGCAACAAGGAGGACAAGCUCCACACGAUCAUAGUGUACCAAAAAUUCAACAACGGCGUGGCCAAUACUUUCCACAUGAUCGUUUCAAAAUUGUCAUGAAUGAUUUCACAAUUCAAAUCACAGAGAAGAAUAAUGAAGCAGCCAUUGUAGAGGAGUAUACAGAGCUCAAAUCUUUGGGACGAGGUGGACAAGCUACUGUUUUUUCUGCUCUCGAAAAGUCAACAGGAGAACGAGUAGCUUUGAAAAUCAUUAAUGCUGGUGGAAACUCGGCACAAUUAUGGAAUGAGUUUAAUAUUUUGAGAGUAAUGAAACAUCCGUCAAUUAUUCCAGUUUGGAGGCUAUAUGAGACAAAAAACAUUUUCAACUCGACCAUUGUGUUGACAAUGCCAGUUUACAUUCAUGGAGAUUUAACUGGUUUUAUCACCAAGUUUGCUCCUCAUUGCGAACCAAAAAAUCCUUUCACGACUCAGUGUAUUAUUGACAUGGUACUUCAAAUCACGGAUGCAAUCCAAUACACACAUUCUAAAGGAAUCAUUCACAGAGAUUUGAAACCUGACAACCUGUUCAUUUCUAGUCUAGAAGUUGAUAAAAAGAAUAAGAAAGAGAUCACUUCAUGCAAAGUCACGCUGGGAGAUUUUGGUUUAUCGAAAAAUAUUCAGCAGUCCAUGGCAGUAUCAGUGGUGGGAACGUUUGGUUGGAUGAGUCCCGAUCAUUUAAAUGCUACAUUUUCUUACAAAACCGAUAUGUGGAGUUUAGGUUGUAUAAUAUAUUAUUUAAUUAGUCUUGAUCAAGCGCUUCUGAACACAAACGCACUGAUUAAUGAAAAUCACAAUUCUCACAAAGUGAAAAUGGUUGAAAAGAUGAAACAGAGAAUGAACUCGAUAUCGUUGCCUCAGAAUUUUGAGCAGUUAAUUGACAUUGUAGUAAAUAAGCUGUUACAAAAGAAUCCGGACGAUAGAAUUUCUUCACAUGAAUUCUUUUGGGAUUAUUUAAUACCGUGGAGAUAUCAAAUUGAUGAGGGCGAACUUACAGAGUUGACAACUAAGAGUGGAUAUUAUAAAUGGAGAGGGACAUUUGUUACGAAACGAAAAGUAACAGCAGAUCAGUUUAAAACUCUGAUACAGCUUAGAGAUAUUCAAUAUGUCACUCGUAUUCUUGGAUUUUUUACAAAAUUUGAUACCAUCACCCAACAGGAAGAGAUUUUUGUGAUACACAAACCGCAAGGAAUUAAUUUGAAAGAAUACUUGGUGCCUUCGAAUCCUAGAUAUGUUUCAUUGCAUGACAAGCUGGAAAUUUUGCUGAAAAUAGCGACUUCGAUUGAAGAAAUUAAUAGAAAUACCGAUAUUCAGUUUAUUAUCAAGUUGGAUGCUACCAAGAUAUUUAUUGAUGAUCAUGGAGAGGUCAUUCUAUCAAUUUUGGAUGCUAUUGAAGUGCAGCAACAGCCCAUGGAAAAGGAUAACAUUUAUAACUUGUAUUUUUUCAGUUUGGAUCUUUUGGAUGAGUGCAGAGAAAUUUAUAAUUAUCCAUUCGAAGAAGCCUAUGACCUUUGCUAUCAACAACAUGGCUCUGAGUUUGUGGAUUUCCCUAGGUUACUUGUUUUUGUUUUUAACGGAUCGAUAGUAACUCAUCCAAGCAAGUAUUCCAUGGCCUACGUGUCACAAAAACUUUUUUCUCAACUCUACUCGACUCAUCGAUUUCCAGCAGAUAGAUACCCUGAUCGAAAAGACAGUGUGACCUCAACUGUGUCUUCGACUACCUCUCCUGUUAGCCUCACUCCUCCAACAGAUGCUCCUCUUAUCAACAUUAGUCAGUCUCCUCCAUCUUCAAACCUCUCCAUUAUUACUCAGACUUUAGAGGCUGAAAGGUUAAGUCCAGAGGAGCAAUUUCACUGUUCUCAUCAAAAGAUCAAGGAAAUGAUACGAGCCAACUCAGUGAGGCACAUUUUGAAAGCAUACCACAUCGGUAGAGAUGGAACAGAUAAGAAAUGGGCUAAAAUUAUUAAGGACGAGGAGGAAGACCAUGAAGAAACUGUUGAAACCUAUGAUGAACAUGUUUACAACAGUUUGCAAAAUUAUCAACUGCACUCAGUUACCUCUAGCACCUCGUGCACGGAUGUGGGAACAUCUAAAAAGAAUCCAGAGUUGGUGAACGUAUCUAUUGAAUGUCUUAGUUUCCAACCAAACCUCUUUAGAGAUUAUUUUAAUGGAAAGCAAAUGGAGCCUCUCUAUUUAUAUUGGUAUCUUAUUGACAUCAAACAAAAACGAAGAAUUUCAGAGACUUUUUGUUGUGAUAUUAACACAAAGCAAAUGAAGCAACUGUUGGGUGACACUGCUGAGGACGACGAUCCACUUUCUGUUAAAAGAAGUCGAUGUUCAGGCUAUGAAGUGGAUUCUAGCAACUCUGAUAUCAUGGUAUUAUUUAUUGUAUCAAAAACUCUUCAAGGAAACGAUUUCAUAGAUUCUUAUAUCAAACCAUCCAAAAACAAGCUCACGGAAGAAAAAUUUUCAAAAGUAUUGAAUGGAUUGUUGCCACAAUUACAAAAUUUCCAGCAAGAUUUUGCUUGGGCCUGUGAGCCAUUAUUUGAUUUUGAAGGAAAUCUAAUUCUUCCAAAGGAGAUUGAAACAUUUUAUUAUAUGGAUGAAGUUCGAAAUGAACACUCCUUCUAUGAAUUCUUUGAAAAACGAGAUGUUAAAAAGGAAAAGAUUGUGCCUAUGACUUUAAAGCUUCACUGUGAAAUGAGUAAGCCAUAUGAAACAACCCCUGUAACAAAAUCUGAUAGCCUAACUGAACUGGAUGCCAAUGUUGAUCUCAAAAACACGUCAUUUUACUUGAAACAAACAGCAAACACUAAUAACGGAUCAUACAUGUGUAAGAUGUUCACAUUUGCUCCUAACUUUAUGAGCUCAUUGACAGACAGCAAUAAUUUAUAUGUUUAUCCUCAGUCUAUUACAUUUAAGCGGCGAUCUUUAUUUUUGAGAGACAAUAUGUCGAUUGGAAUUAUUGUAAAAUUUAAGCGAGAUGACAAGGAACUGAGCGGAGAAGGCGAGAAAGUAUUUAUCCGAAAGAAUAACAAAACAUUUAACGAAGGUUAUUCCACCGUUUCUUACCAUUGCAGCAGUCCAGAGUUUAAUGACGAAAUCAAAGUUCAAUUACCAGAACAUCUUACUUCAAGCGAUCACUUCCUCUUCACAUUUGUUGAUAUUGAUUGCGACGAUGAUCAAAAGUCUAUGCACGUCAUUGGAUAUGCAUCUUUCAUGCUUUUAGGAAAACAUGGCCUUCUUGCUACACAUGGUAAACAAGCACUGAUGAUUUACAAAAAGCUGCCUCUAAAGAAUUAUCUGCACGGAAUGGAAGAAGGAAAAAAGUCAGGAGAGUUCAAAGUUGAUUUCCAAGCAAUCUCUACUUUGUAUACUACCGAUAUUAACUUGUAUGAAUUCUUUUCUGCAACCGAAUUGGUCAAAGUUAUGAAAAAUAUUUAUGGAGAUUCUGUGACUGAAGUCCAAAAGAAUAUCAAUCAAAAAUUGAAAAAUUUGGAACGAGUAGUAGACUUUAGAAAUUUAAUCCAAUACAUGCCACAAAUCAUGGAUGUACUUUUGCUAAUGAUAACAUUGAAGCAAUAUCCACAGGUACAAAUUCAGGCUUUUGAUCUUCUAAACUCAUAUCUUGAUGGAUUGAAGAAAACUGAGAGGAAUACAGGUCAAUACAUCGAAAGGUAUAUCAAGGAAUCAUUUGUGAACAACAAAGAGUCCACUGGAUUUUUAUUUGAACAACUCUUGAAGAGAUUUGUAAGACAUUUGGAUGACGAACAAAAACAAAGAGCUGAACGAAAGAGUGAUGCGUUUACCAACAUGUCGGUUUACAAUUUGCUUUCCUCUGGAGAUGCAUUUCUUAUCAAAUUACCAAAUGAUAGCUUGCUCAUAGAGAAUAGUUCUAUUUAUUUCCAAUUAAUUGAGAAAUCUCUCAUUCUCUAUAUGCACAGUAACAGGCUGUUAAACCAACAUCACUCCUCGACGAAUCCUUUGAGACAUUUAAAGAAAAAGAAGGAUGACUUACCAGGACCUUUCACUCAAAUUGUAGAUUUACUUUCUGAGCUGAGAACUCUCGUUUUAAAGGAAUGCAAGUUCAGAUAUUUGACGACAAUGCAAAUGGCUAAGGUAUUGGUUGCUUCAUAUGCACAGCUUUUGACUGGAAUGUUAAAUCUCGUAGAUAAGGGCUUCAUCAUCACAGAAAUUGAAAUGUUUUUGGAUGAAUUCUUACCUUCAAAAGAUCAACAAUUCGAACAAUUCCAAGAGCUUAAGAACAUAUUUUUAAAACAAAUCGCAAGCUAUGAUCAUUUACUUGUGUUAUGUUUGUCCUAUAACGAUAGCAACUGCUUGCAAUAUGUCAAGAAGAAUGGAAACUACAUUGUUUAUCAUAUGUGUGACAACCAUUACAUGUCUGGAAUAUUUAUCAAGAGAUUCCUUUUAGACACUUUACACAAACAACGAAAGGUUCGAGAAAAAGCUGCACAAACAUUUUGCUUCUUGCUUUCCCGACAUGAAUAUGACAGUAGAUACCAAACGAAGGACGCAAGACGAAAGAUUGCCUCUCUUUACUUCCCAUUCAUCAUUAUCAUUUGUGAUCUUUGGAAAACGUAUGAAGAACUCACAAAAGCAGACGCUCCAUCGAAAAAUCCUAGCUCUGAAAAGAGACCCGAGGCACAAACACUUCUCGUUUGUUUCUUACACAUUUUACUCAACACAAGAAAAAAAGUAUUUCGUGAAUGGUGGAAACAAGAAGUACCAGAAAGAAAACGAACUUUUAUCAAGAUUUUGUCUUCCAUUCCGAAACUCUUCCGAUAUUCUGACACAAAAACGAGUUAUACCUCCAAUGACGAAGACUCUAUGGAUGAAAGUUUUAUGACAUCCACUCCAAGAAGUAGCAGCUUGAAAGCUCCAAUGUCAAUUCCAAAAGAACCUCUUUCUCCAAGAGGAACCAAACGUGCGAACACAGUCAAGGACACAGUUGGAAGAAAGAGUUUUGGAAUUCCCUUCUCCAAAGAUGAUAGCCAUUAUGAAACCAAAAAACCAAGCAUGUCACGUUUUUCAUCUCCCAAUGUCAACAAGCUUGCUCAUAGAACAUCUGUCAGCAUUUUGAGAAGUCAACAAUCGAGUUAUUCACAACUUUUCCGUGGAGAUUCAAAGAAAAAAGCAAGAGAGCAACAAAAUCGUUGGAAACGAAUUCUCUCGAUUCAAGCUAGUAUUGCCUCACUGCGAAUCAUUUCAUGGAUCUUUGAAGAAGACAAGAACUCAACGGAUGAUCUCAUUUCCGAUAUCUCUUACAUUAAGCUGUUCUUGGAAUUCUUCUUUACUCAUAUGGAAGUCGAACAAUCAGAAACAACGUAUAACAUUGUGUUCCAACUUUUAGCUCUCUUUGUUAAAAUUUACAAAAUUAAUGGAUUUUAUUACUCGAGAGAGGAGGUUGUGAAAAAAGUGAACGAGUUUGGUACACGAUCUCCAGUGGAGACCAUGAAAAUGUUAGCUCUCUCUUUCACCAAAUGGAUGAAACUUGUUCAACAAAACGAACCCGUUCCCUUCUCUAAUGCUGUGAAUCGACAAGCGUCGUAUAAUUUUACUGUGAAACCUCUCGAUCGAACCAAAUCAUCGGUGGCAACAAAAUUCGAUGGAACUCUCAACAUUUCUGAUUUAUUGUGGAAUAUUAAAAUUCGAUACAAGGAGAGACAAUAUGUAGAACAAUUGAAAUCAUGGCUAAAUAGUCAACCGCCAGAUGUGAUCACUGCUGUCGAAUUUUUGGAAAAGGAAUUUGUCAAGUACAUGUAUCCUGAUGAUUUUGCUUCCAAUAAUGAACCAAGUACAAACGCUGAAGAACAGGGAGAUGAUCAAGAAGAUGUGCUGAGUGUUAAUUCAGAAGAUGGUGGCGAAGAAAUUUCUAUUUUCCAAGCCUUACGACAACUGUAA